GCUGUCCUGGGUGGGCUUAAAACCCAGGUCCAGGCAGGUGUGGGCGUGAGGUGAGCGAAGGAGCCUGGCCCACCAGCCUCCAACCCGCCAUGGGGCCCUUCCUGAGCCAUGCUCUCUUCCCGCCGCCUACUGAGGCCUGGCUCCAGACGGUCUCCUGGGAUCCUGAGGCCCAGGGCUGGGGGGCCUGGAGGGGGACCGAGAAGACCCCUCUGGGGUCCGGGAGUGGGGGUGGGCGGGAGGAGCAGGGAGGGGAAGCUGAGGAGGACGAGAGAGACGCCAGCUUUCUGCUGUCCCUGCUGCAGCUGGAGAGUCCUGCCGAGAGCCCAGAGCCUGACCAGGUACUGGAGGCCAUCAAGCUGAAGCUGUGGGCCUUGGAGCAGGCCAAGGUGCGGCUGGAACCACCCAGUGUGCAGGGCAAGACCAGGGACGAGGACAGCACAGGGGCUGGGCAGCUGCUGAGCAGCCCUAGGACCCUAGGCUGCCCCUUCCCUGGGACCCCCAAGGAGAAGGUGGAGGCUGACCACAGAUCCAUCUACGUGGGCAACGUGGACUACGGGGGCACGGCCAGGGAGCUGGAGGCCCACUUCCACCACUGCGGCGAGGUCCACCGCGUCACCAUCCUGUGCGACAAGUUCUCAGGACACCCCAAGGGCUAUGCCUACAUAGAGUUUGCCUCCAAGAGCUCUGCCCAGGCGGCCAUGGAGCUGGAUGAGAGUGUCUUCCGCGGCCGGGUCAUCAAGGUACUUCCCAAGAGGACCAACUUCCCAGGGAUCAGCUCCACAGACCGAGGGGGCCUGCGGGGACCACCAGGUUCCAGGGCCACAGCCUUGCUGUGUAGUGGCCUCCAGUGCAGGUCCCAGUUCAGACCUCGUGGGCAACACUGGCCCCGCGGAAGAGCCUCUCCGCGUUUCUCGCCGUACUGAAGGCACAGCGUUUUGAGGGCAGGGUCAGGAGGAAUGGCCAAGUUUCCCUGGGGGACAAGUGCUCCAGAUGGCCGUGUUGGUGUGGCUGAACGGUCCACCAUGGUGGGCUGGACCCCAGGGUCACUGCCACGAGUCACACGGUUGGCCCAUGGGUGGUGGGCCGGGGGCUCCGGGAGAGGGGCAGGAGGAGGGGCAGGCAGGGGUGUGGCUGGGAUGGGCUUACUUGGCUCUUCAACCAACUCAUUUUAAAGGAAAAGAGAAACCUGUGUGUCUUAGA